AUGGCGAAUGCAACAGCACCAAAUAUUUCAGCACGUAUAUUUUACGGUCUUCGCACGGAUAUUCAGUAUAAUGCUCAUUUUUUGACGGAGUCUGAAAUUAUAUACCCGGCUGGUGGAGUGAUAGUCGUACACAAUCAUCUGCAGAAAAAACAGAAGUUCAUCAGACUUCAAGACAAACACAAACCGAUAAAGUCCCUGGUCCUAUCCCCUAAUAGGCGAUGGUUGGCUUUAAAUGAAAUUGCAGAAGAGGGCCAAAAACCCAUUAUAACAAUCUACGACUUGACCACAUACAAGCGAAGGAAAAUAUUAACAGUUCCCUUUGAAAACUCUACAGCCCGAGAGUUUGCGUGUGUUCAGUUUACGUUCGAUUCUAAAUAUCUUGUAGCAAUCACUGGAGAACCAGAUUGGUAUUUAUAUUAUUAUAAUUGGGACAAAGGCAAAGUCGAAAGCCACGCGAAGGCACAGAAUCCGAGCGGUCAAGGCAUCGUAGAAAGUGUCCAAUGCAAUCCAUCAGACGCUACUUUAGUGGUGAUCACUGGACCAUACACCUUUCGUAUCAUGAACGUGUCAGAGACAGUCUGGCGACAGUGGGGAUGGUGUAAAUCGGAAAAUAUAAACAUAACCAGUUGCAUGUGGCUGACGGCGGAUCGCAUCUUGUUCGGGACAGACAACGGCAUGAUCAUGAUGGUAGAGAAUGGAGAGCUUCGACAGAACUGCAUGUUCAAGGCCGCCGAAGUUCUUGAGAUGUCUCUCAAGAAAGUUGAGGCUGAGGCAGAAGAUGCAGUAGAGAGCACGUCUAGUAAGCAGGAUACGAGUAGUGAGAAAGAAACGAGUCUCUUCGAAGAAGCCUACCCAGUCACGAACUUUGUUAACUUUCCUAAAGGUUUCGCCUUUUCUUGCGGUCCAGGCUACGUGCACAUGUUCGAGAAAGAAACGCCACAUCAUUGGAGGAAAAGGAACCUUUAUAGAAUAUCAAAAAAAUCAUACAAGCACACGCGUGAGCAUCCCGUUUGGUCGGAGCUGGAUGCCAUUCAACAUAUAACUGUGGACCCGAAUCAAGAGACACUCUUGAUCACAACUCUGCGCAAACAAUUGUACCAUGUCAAAUUGUUUGGACAGCACAUGCUGCAGAAUCCGGAAAUCCCUUUUAUGGAACUUGGGCCAGCCAUGCAUUACGGGCGUAUAAAUUCUUUAUCAAUGUGCGCUUGGAAGCCAAUAUUCAUGACUUCGGGGGAGGAAGACAAGAGCAUCAGAAUCUGGAACUAUAUGACCGACGACGUGGAGCUUAUAAGACUCUACCAGGAAGAAAUUCACUGCGUCUCAUUGCACCCAACUGGUCUCUUCGCCAUAGUCGGAUUUUCUGAUAAAUUGCGCUUUAUGGUGGUACUGAUUGACGACUUCGAAGUGAUGAGAGAAUUCCCUAUCAGAAAUUGUAAACGAGCAAAGUUCAGCACCAACGGUCAUCUAUUUGCCGCAGUGAAUGGACAAGUCAUACAAGUGUUCUCAUCGACGUCUUUCCAAAAUGUCUAUAACUUGAAAGGUCACAAUGGAAAGGUGACAUCUCUGGCGUGGUCGGCGAACGACCUAUCGUUGGUGUCAUGCGGCAGCGAGGGCGCCGUAUACGAGUGGAGCAUGUCCACUGGGCAGCGCGUCGGCGAGGUCAUCCUAAAGACCAAUCAAUUCAACGCCUGCGCCGUAAACAGCGUUGGGAAAACUACUUACGGAGUUGGAACUGAUGGCGAAAUAAAGGAAAUCGGUUCAAACACGAUCCGAAGAAACCUGCCCCUAAUUGGAUGCGCACUAGAUACAAUCGUUCUAUCUCGUUCCGACAUGAUGCUGUUUAUUACUGGCGGAGAAGGAGGGGUGACCACGGUGCAGCUUCCUCUUCUAGAUAAGGCAGUGUUCAACGAAUUCCACAUGCACAACAAGAAAGUGACAGCUCUAGCUUUAUCUUACGACGACCAGAUUUUGGUUUCCGUCGCAGAGGAUUCCUCGAUAUGUUUAUGGCGACUGACGAAUGCAGACGGCAGGGCUAUAGCGUUGGACAAGGACUUCGCUUAUUCCAAAGAAAUAUUGAUAAGCAAGAAGGAUUUGCAAGAAAAGAUAAAUAGCAUCAACCUGCUGAGCACAAGGAUGAGCGAACUUGAAACAGAACAUACGUAUCAACUUCGACAAGCAGAAGCUAUGCAAGCGGAGAAGUUAAAGGAAGUUCACGAAGGUUAUUGCGCAGCCAUUGAGGAACUUAAAGAAAAGAACGAGCAAAUGGAGAACGAGCAUACUCAUGAGAUAGGCAUGAUUCAACAAGACAUACAGAAGCUUCGGUCGGGUCACGAGCGGACUCUGCAGGCGUUGGAGGCAGACUUCAACAUCAGGCUCAUCAGCGAAUACGACAGAUAUCAGACUCUAGAAGAUAAAACAGCUCGUAUGCGGAAAGAUUACGAACAAAGGUUAGAAGAUUUAGCUGAAAGCAAGCGACUGGCUCUUAGAGAAAUCAACAAUAUGUUUGAAGCAAAACUCGAGGAAAAAGAUUUGUUAUUACAAGAGUUACAAGAGCAAGCAGACUUGGAAACCAAAGAACAUGAAACUAUCAAGGCAUCAAUUGAAGAAGAUGCAGAUCGAGAGAUAAUUGAGAUUAGAACAGCAUACGAAGUCCAGCUGAAGGAGGAGAAAGACGCCAAUGUGCGACUUAAGGGAGAGACGGGGCUGAUGAAAAAGAAACUGAUCAGUGCCAACAAAGAAAUAGAUGAGUUCAAGCAUCAAAUAUCACAGUUGAAAGCUGAACAUGUACAAUUUCAAAAAGUCAUAUCUACACUUGAGAGGGAUGUAGCAGACUUGAAAAAGGAAAUAUCUGAACGUGAUGGAACAAUUCAAGAUAAAGAGAAGAGAAUAUAUCAACUCAAACGGAAGAAACAGGAAUUAGAGAAAUAUAAAUUCGUGUUGAACUUUAAAAUUACCGAGUUGAAAAAUCAGAUAGAUCCGCUUGAUCGAGAUAUAAAAGAGAAAAAAGUUCGAAUUUUAGACCUGGAAAUUUCUCUAGAAAGCCUCCUAAAACAAAGAGCUUUUCGUGAACUUAAAAUCAAUCAACUGAACGAGAAGUUAAUGUCUGCAAAAAAAGAUUACUUAAAUGAGGCAGAUCGAAACUUAACUUUGAAGAAUACGUUAAAGAAAAUAAAAAUAGAUUUGCACAAUAUGACUGCAAAUUUCCAAGAUCCGACGAAGUUGAAACUCAACGUUAAAGCACUAUUCCACAAAUACGUGGAGGAUAUAGAUUUCGUGCGCAGUCGAAUCGCAGAGGACGAAGCCAUCCGAGAGUUUAAUCGGCAGCGGGACCACCUCGAGAAGCAAGUGGCAGCGCUGAAGCAGCAACUGGCGAAGUCACUAGGAGGCUCUAAAAGCGACAUCUGCAAGAUUAUGGACGAAAAUUGCACUCUGCUGUCCGAAAUCAACAAUUUGCGUACGGAAUUAAAGUCGACACGCACUCGAUGCUUCCAAAUGGAGUCGAUCCUCGGACUGUCUGCUCGCUAUGUGCCACCAGCCGCAGCCCGCGCCAAACUCAAGCAUGUCACAGAGGACAGGGAGAAACUUGACGAGAAGUUCAAACAAAAAAUUGAGGAGAGAGAAGAGAUAAUCGUGGCUCUCAAGGAAGAAAACGAUCGAUUGCUUGGGAAGAUGCGAUGUAUGGAUGAACCACAGAAACCUUUAGAAUCUGACUCUAUAAAAUAA